AUGGUGCUGAAGACGGUAAUCAAGGUGCAAAUAUGCAACAAAGACAAGAAGAAGAUUUUUAAGUCGGUUUCUACACUCGAAGGUGUGAAUAAGAUCGAAAUCGAUGUGGCCAAAGGAACAUUAACGGUAAUAGGAGAUGCAGAUCCUUGUAAGAUAAUUUUAAAAGCAAGGAAGAUUGUAAAAUGUGCAGAAGUGAUGACAAUUGGACCUCCACCCCCACCUGAAAAGAAACCAGACCCACCCAAAACUAGUGUUUGUGGCUGCCCCUCUAUCAAUAUGCCACCCUACCCUUGUCAACCAUUAGCCAUGGUUCAUAUGAAUCCAUCGGAACCAUAUUGUACAACUUGUACCAUCAUGUAAGUAUGUAUUAAACUAGAUACUGAUUUUAAUGUUGUUCAUUUCAUAUUCACGUU